GUCACUUUAACUGUAAUAUGAUAACCAUAUGACCAAUAGGAAGAGAAAACAGAUCAUACAAAUUAUUUGCUUUUCCUCCUCAAACUACAGCGAAUGAAAAGUUCUCACUGUGUUGAGAGUUUGAGCAGGGAAGCAGGCUACAGUCCAACAAUAGCGGAACAGCUCUACAUGUUAAACUGGUAUUUGUUGUGCACUGAAUAAUAACAAUACCAGCAAAGAUGGCCAGCCAGCUACAGAAGAUUGUAUCAGAGAAGAAGAACAUGGUAGAGACUGUAAUGGAAGUGUUUGAACAGGGAGCUGAGGUGGUGGCCAGUAUUGCAGGUGACCUCUUCCCUAUUUUCGCCAUCGCUGCUCCCAUCGUGAAAUUGGCCCUGGACAAUGUGGAGAGUAAGGAAGCUAUGUUCAUGAAGGAGCAGUUCCAGAAGGUUCGUGAACACCUGGAGGUGAUUUCAGAGGAGAUGCAGCGAAUUAACGAGGAAAUCAAGAAGAGUGGCGCAGACGCUGCCUACUUUUCUGUAGAGGAGAACAUAUCUAACCAGUUCCGCAAGUACAUGGACAUCCUCAAUGCCAAACCCAAGUUUCGUGAGGUCAAAAAGAAGCUUUUCAUGGAGCAUUUCGUCAAAACAGGUUGCGACAAAAACCUACAUACCCUCUACAGUGCCGUGACGGGAGACAACUUCUCUGGAGAGUCAGUGUUGGAGAUUACUCUUAACUAUGAGGAGAAAAGUCGACGCGCCAUGGAAGACUUCUGUGCCAGGUUGAAGAACCUCUUUUGCAUAGGCCUCAUCGCUCUGAUGGGUUACACCGCUCUAAAGGACUGCAAUGACGAAGAGAAGCUUCUUCAAGACUGGGGUGAAAAGAUGAAGGAGGUACAGGUGAAAAUGAAUGCUGUCAUCGAGGACUGCAUCACCAGCUUCUCCAAGCAGGCUGAACUGGAUUCCCGGAGGUUGGUUAGGGACCAUUCUGACCUGAGCAACCAGCAGCUGGCUGACGCCAUUUUGGAGAAGCUUAAAAAAAAGUAUGACUGGGUGUGCUGGUCUGUCCGUAUAUUCAGCUCCCCUUCGGGCCUGUUCUCAAACAAAAAUAACAUCCAGUGCCCCACAGGAAGAAAUCGCUUUCAGGUGCCAGCGACAGACGAGAAGCUGAACAUCAUGGUGUCCUACAGUGCCUCACCCAAGCCUCUGAACAAGGCCCACAUCCAGCAGCUGAUCCAGAGUCAGAAGAAACUCACUGUAGUGGGUACAGCUGAGCUCCUGUUUGAGCAGUUGCCAGGUGCAUGUGCAGUCCACACGGUCAAGACUUGCAAAGACCUGGCCUGUGUCUGGAGCUUUGCCGAAGAGCUACACUACUGGGAGGAGCACAAGAACUUCUAUGUUUGCGUUCACUGCAAUUGACAUUUUCUCACUUAAAAAUGAAUUAAUAAUUAGCCAUAGAUACCAAGAUUAUAUUCAUUCCAAUUUGGUCUUUGCACUAAGACUAACAUUCCCAAGUACUUUCUCUCUUUCUCAGUUGAGUUCUGAUCCCCAGCUAUACUACUGAGGACGAACACUGGCUAACACUUAUUAUAAAGCAUGAUACUUACCAAAGACUGUUUUACCUGUUAAUCUAUUCUUUGUAAUGUAAAUUAAACUUUGGGUCUUGAUACAUAUUCUAAAUUGAUCAAAUCAUAGAGUUUUUAGGAAGUGUGUAAAUAUAAAAGCCUGAUGUUUGUAUUGUCUGUAAGAAAUCCCUCAACAUUUUACAUAACUAGAACUGCAUUUUCCCUCUUUAUAUGCAGUUGAAGUCGGAAGUUUACAUACACUUAGGUUGGAGUCGUUAAAACUUGUUUUUCACCGACUCCACAAAUUUCUUGUUAAAAAGCUAUCAUUUUGGCAAGUCGGAUAGGAUAUCUACUUUGUGCAUGACACAAGUCAUUUUUCCAAUAAUUGUUUACACACAGAUUAUUUCACUUUCACAUAAUUCACUGUAUCACGAGUCAGAAGUUUACAUACACUAAGUUGACUGUGCCUUUAAACAGCUUAGAACAUUCCAGGAAAUUAUGUCAAGGCUUCUGAUAGGCUAAUUGACAUAAUUUGAGUCAAUUGGAGGUGUAACUGUGGAUGUAUUUUAAGACCGACCUUCAAACUCAGUGUCUCUUUGCUUGACAUCAUGGGAAAAUCUAAAGAAAUCAGCCAAGACCUCAGAAAGAAAAUUGUAGACCUCCACAAGUCUGGUUCAUCCUUGGGAGCAAUUUCCAAACGCCUGAAGGUACCACAUUCUUCUGUAAAAACAAUAGUACGCACGUAUAAACACCAUGGGCCCACGCAGCCGUCACACCGCUCAGGAAGAAGACACUUUCUGUCUCCUAGAGAUUAACGUACUUUGGUGCGAAAACUGCAAAUAAAUCCCAGAACAACAGCACAGUAAAAUUACCUUGUGAAGAUGCUGGAGGAAACAGGUACAAAAGUAUCUAUAUCCACAGUAAAAUGAGUCCUGUAUCGACAUAAACUGAAAGGCUGCUCAGCAAGGAAGAAGCCACUGCUCCAAAACUGCCAUAAAAAAAGCCAGACCAUGGUUUGCAACUGCACACGGAGAAAAAUAUUGUACUUUUUGGAAAAAUGUCCUCUGGUUUGAUUGAAACAAAAAUAGAAUUGUUUGGCCAUAAUGACCAUCAUUAUGUUUGGAGGAAAAAGGGGGAGGCUUGCAAGCUGAAGAACACCAUCCCAACAGUGAAGCACGGGGGAAGUAGCAUCAUGUUGUGGGGGUGCUUUGCUGCAGGAGGGACUGGUGCACUUCACAAAACAGAUGGCAUCAUGAGGUAGGAAAAGUAUGUGGAUAUAUUGAAGCAACAUCUCAAGACAUCAGUCAGGCAGUUAAAGCUUGGUUGCAAAUGGGUCUUCCAAAUGGACAAUGACCCCAAGCAUACUUCUAAAGUUGUGGCAAAAUGGCUUAAGGACAACAAAGUCGAGGUAUUGGAGUGGCCAUCACAAAUCCCUGACAUCAAUCCCAUAGAAAUAUGUGGUCAGAACUGAAAAGGCGUGUGCGAGCAAGGAGGCCUACAAACCUGACUAAGUUACACCAGCUCUGCCAGGAGGAAUGGGCCAAAAUUCACCCAACUUAUUGUGGGAAGCUUGUGGAAGGCUACCCAAAGUGUUUGACCCAAGUUAAACAAUUUAAAGGCAAUGCUACCAAAUACUAAUUGAGUGUAGGUAAACUUCUGACCCACUAGGAAUGUGAUGAAAACUGAAAUAAAUCAUUCUCUACUAUUAUUUGGACAUUUCACAUUCUUAAAUUAAAGUGGUGAUCCUAACUGACCUAAAACAGGGAAUAUUUACUAGGAUUAAAUGUCAGUAAUUGUGAAAAAAACUAGUUUAAAUGUAUUUGGCUAAGGUGUAUGUAAACUUCCAACUUCAACUGUAUAAAACAGCACCUUAGAGUGAACUUUCACUUGCAGAUUCAAUUUCAACUGCUGCAAUUUACAUUCAUAUGGCACAGUGGAGGCUGCUGAGGGGAGGACAGCUCAUGUUAAGGGCUGUAACGGCGCAAAGGGAAUGGCAUCAAACCAUGUGUUUGAUGUAUUUGACACUUUCCUACUCAUCCCUUUCUAGCCAUUCCCACGAGCCCCUUCCUCCCCAAUUAAGGUGCCACCAACCUCCUGUGAUAUGACGACAACUCAACUGACAUUUUAUCAUUCCUGUAUCUGUUAUUUUGACACAUACUGCUUCACUGAACCUGCUCCCAUUCCAUGUGAUUUGAUCAACCAACCCACUACACAGGCAUGCUAAGGCAUAUUAUUGCUGUGAAGGUGGAGGAAGAUAUGCUUGUUUACUCAUGAAUGCCUAGCAUAGAUAUGCUCGUCACAUCUUUACCUGUUGUGAUGUGCAACAGAAAUGGUGGUAUCACAGGUCAUCUCGACUCAGUUCAUAGUUCCACAACCCUAUGAAGUACUUACAUUUAGUAUCAUAAUGUUUAACCCAUUCCACUUUCCAUGCAUUCAUUCUAUUUUGCACCUUUAUUUUCUGAGAAAUGUUACUUGUUUUAUAUAUUGUCUUUUACAAAACAUGUGGUAGAUGACACCUUAGACAUCUGGAUCACUACCAGUCAAAAGUUUUAGAACACCUACUUUUAGAACACCUACUCAUUCAAGGGUUUUUCUUUAUUUUGUAAAUAUUUUCUACAUAGUAGAAUAAUCAUGAAGCCAUCACAACUAUGAAAUAACACAUGGAAUCAUGUAGUAACCAAAAAAGUGUUAAACAAAUCAAAAUAUAGUUUAGAUUUUAGAUUCUUCAAAGGAGCCACCCUUUGCCUUGGUGACACCUUUGCACUUAUCCUCUGCAGCAGAUGUAACUCUGGGUCUUCCUUUCCAGUGGUGGUUGUCAUGACAGCCAGCUUCAUCACACUGUAGUGCUUGAUGGUUUUUGCGUCUGCACUUGAAACUUUCAAAGUUCUUGAAAUUAUCUGGUUUGAUUGACCAUGUCUUAAAGUAAUGAUGGACUGCCGUUUCUCUUUGCUUAUUUGAGCUGUUCUUGCCAUAAUGCACUUGGUCUUUUACCAAAUAGGGCUAUCUUCUGUAUACCACCCCUACCUUGUCACAACACAACUGAUUGGCUCAAACGCAUUAAGAAGCAAAGAAAUGACCUUUUAACAAGGCACACCUGUUAAUUUAAAUGCAUCCCAGGUGACUACCUCAUGAACCUGGUUGAGAGAAUGACAAGAGUGUGCAAAGCUGUCAUCAAGGCAAAGGGUGGCUACUUUGAAGAAUCUCAAAUAUAAAAUAUAUAUUAUUUUUUUUAACACUUUUUUGGUUACUACAUUAUUCCAAAUGUGUUAUUUCAUAGUUUUGAUGUCAUCACUAUUAUUCUACAAUGUAGAAAAUAGUAAACAAUAAAGAAAAACCAUUGGAUGAGUGGGUGUUUCCAUACUUUUGACUGGUACUGUAAAUGCAAUCAAUAAUUAUUAAGUGGUGGUUUGAUGUCUAUGGCCUGCAUAUUACAAACUAGCCAUUGCCAAUCACUUCAUCCUUUUUAAAGGGGAUGAAAAGAACACAAGUCAUUGCACCCCCUUAAACUAAGUAAUAAGGACUCCAUAUUCAACAUUAUAAACUGGCUGGUUUGAGCGCUGAAUGCUGAUUGGCUGACAGCUUGGUAUAUCAGACAGUAUACCACAGGUAUGACAAAACAUUUUAUUUUUACUGAUCUAAUUAUGUUGGUAACCCGGUUAUAAUAGCAAUACGUCACCUCAAAGGAAUUAUUAUUUUAUUCUAGUAUCUCUAUCAAUAUACCUUACUUGUAUCACACAAUUACUGUAUCAAAUAAAAACAAAGAUGGAUAUUA